GGCCAACAGCUGGCAUCGGAUAUUUCCACUAUGUCGCAAAGCACGGGAUCCACCGGGCAACGCAGGAAAACAACCGAGGCUUGCAACCCAUGCCGCGCGCGAAAGUUGAAGUGCAACGGGAUGCUCCCCUGCGAAUCAUGUGAAAGGAACAAGGUAAAAUGUUCCUAUGACCCUUCGACAUCUGCGAGCAGACUUACCGGUGAUCUUGAUAUCAUCAAUGCGAGGGUCAUGGAGCUGGAAAGAGCCGUUUUCGGUGAGAGGACAUAUCAGCCCAGGAGAACGGUGGAGUUGGCAGAUGCCCCACAGAUCACAAAUGAUACGGUGUCUGGUGUCACGUUCGUCGACGAAAAAAUGGGAGUAGCUGAUUAUUUUGGGUCUACGUCAACAAUAGAUCUCCUCAAAUCAUUUCACGAGACAGUUCAAGAGGUAUUAGAUCAUGCUCCCUCCAGUGGAGCCGAUGAGCGGGCAAGCAAGCGACAGCGGCGGGAAGCAAUUGAGCACCCAAUAAAUUCCGAUGCCUCUCGCAACUUCCGAAUCCAGGAUAUAUAUGCCUCACCAACUGUCCGAAGGGCGACUAGCUGGUGGCCAAGCGGAAACCUUGUUGAGGUCCACCUAGACUACUUCUUCGGUAUCGUCUAUAGCACAAUCCCAAUCUUCGACGAAAAAGUAUUCCGUGCCGCCUUCAGACGCUUCGCGAACACUUCAGAAAGUUCCCAAAGACUACAGUGGGAAUGUCUCACAUAUUCUAUUUUAGCUCUGGGGGCUCUAUAUUCAUCCAACGACACCGAAUGUGCAGCCAGCUAUUUUGCCGAAGCACAGGGUCUCCUCGGAAGUUUGCUUGGGGUCAGCGCCUUGAGGACUGCGCAAGCAGCUUUACUGAUGGCCGUAUAUGCUCAUUAUACGGCUCAACAUAACCUUGCAUACGACUACUUAGGGAUUGCUAUCAGACUUGCGUACUCGGCAGGAUUGAACAGAAAUUUCGACGAAAUCGGCUUUACGAACAUUGUCGUACAGGAGGCCAGGCGAACGUGGUGGACCCUGUAUAGCCUGGAGUCCGAGCUGUGUGUGGAAUACGGCAGACCACUCUGUAUUCGAGAAACUGAUUCUAUAGCGUCAUACCCACAAGAGACUCUGGACGAGACAGCCACUGUUAGCAGAGUAUCCUUCAUUAUUGUCAUGGCCAAGUUUUCCAGAACCGUCCGCAAGAUCAUUGAUUUGGUUUCAAACAUCGACGAAAAACGAAAUGGAAUAAAAUCCUUCGCUGGCCGGCUCAUGAAUCUCCAAGCGGAACUCAUGACUUGGAGAGGGGAGUUGCCGGCACAUCUCGCACCCAAAGAUAUCGCAACAAGUGAGGGACUGCGCGCAAGAGAAAGAAUUGCGUGGGUUCAGCGGCAGUGCUGCGACAUUGAACUUCGUGAGUGA